GUUCUGUUCACCCAAUAUAUGGAUUAGGAUUAUGAUGGUGGCUUGGGGAGACGUGGCAAAGAUAUGCAUGAAGCAUGUGAAUCCGACCGGCGAUUUCAUCAGUGUUUCAGAACUCCUGGGAAGUUAUUCAAAGAGUGACGACAAAGAAGGUUAUGAUCAACAAUCCCAAGAGCCCACAUGGAACUUUGGCAAAAUCAUCUCUAGGAACAGUUUUUCCUCAACCAAGAGAGGAAACUGCUCCAGCUACUCGAUUCACAAAAGGCAGAGCAAGAUCAGAGAAAUGUUGCACAAGGAACUGACAUCAUUGAAGGUGGGUCCAAGAAUGCCCUCUAUUUGUGGCAAGUCUUCGAUUUUAAACACGAGUGGAUACCGGUGAGGCUCUGUGGAUCCGG